UUUUUUAUUCAUUUAAUAUUAUGGUUGACCCGAAUAUCAAGCAUCAAAAUUGAAUAUAAUUUAGCAAUCCAAUCUUGUCACAUUUUCCGAAAUUGGAUCAACACAUUAACAAACUCCAUCUAUAAGAAAAGAUAAUGAUAUCAAGCCAUAAUAAUUCAGAACAAGAAAGAAAACAAUGGCCGAAUAUGAUAGAUUUGAAGAGAUUAAAGCUUUUGAUGAGACUAAAGCUGGAGUGAAAGGCCUUGUUGAUGCUGGGAUUACUCAGAUUCCUCGUUUCUUCCACAAGACAAUAUUAUGUGAUGAUAGUAUUAGUACUCCUGAUCCAAGAGAAUCCCAGUUCAGUGUUCCAGUUAUAGACCUCAGAGGUCUCAAUGGAGAUCCAUUCGAGCGAAGAGAGAUUGUUGAUAGAGUGAGAGAAGCUUCUGAAAAUGGAGGGUUCUUUCAAAUUGUCAACCAUGGCAUUCCAGAGAGUGUUAUGGAAGAAAUGAAAGAAGGUGUUCGAAGAUUUUUUGAGCAAGAGAAUGAGGUGAAGAAGGAGUUUUAUUCUAGAGAUUAUACUAAGCCAGUGUUCUACAACACCGAAAAUAGUCUGUAUACCUCUCCAUAUGCCGGUUGGAGGGAUACCCUUAAUUGCCGAAUGGCUCCUGAUCCUCCAAACCCUGAAGACUUGCCCCUUGUAUGCAGGGACAUACUUGUGGAGUACUCAGACCAUGCAAUGAAAGUAGGGAUUUCUCUAUUCGAGUUGAUCUCUGAGGCUCUCGGGCUGAAGCCAAAUCACUUGUACAACAUAGAUUGCGCAGAGGGCCAACUAGUUUUUUGCCAUUACUAUCCACCAUGUCCGCAGCCAGAACUAGCCAUGGGAACAACCAAGCAUGCUGAUAUGGACUUCCUCACUGUGCUGCUUCAAGAUGACAUUGGUGGUCUCCAAAUUCUCAACCACAAUAAAUGGAUCGAUGUUCCCCCUACACCGGGAGCUCUAGUGGUAAAUAUUGGAGACCUUCUUCAGCUCAUAUCAAAUGAUAGAUUCAAAAGUGUUGAGCACCGAGUUCUGGCCAGCCAUGUUGGUCCUAGAAUAUCCAUUGCAAGCUUCUUCUGCACAUGUGUAACUCCAACCUCCAAACUGUACGGACCCAUCAAGGAGUUGUUAUCAGAAAAUAACCCCCCAAAGUACAGAGAAACCACAGUGCAGGAGUAUCUUUCUUAUUUCGCUACAAAAUGCCUUGAUGGGACUAAGCCCUUGGAUCGUUUCAAGCUCACCAUACCAGAAUGAAGAAGGCUGAGACUUAGUAUUUGUUAUAAAUGACUAUAUAUGUACUGAAAAAUAUUGGAUUGUAAACGUGAAUAAUAUAGAAACUAUUGUACUGAUCAUGAUGGCUAAUAAUAAUGAUGGUUUCUUCUGUCAUAACCGCUAUCACUUCUAUAAAUAAAACAUAUAUGUUUAUGAGUUGAGAUGGCACACCUAUUCAUUUUCCACUUUAGUUUUGGAGUUAGUCAUUCAAGGGAAUAAA